AUGGGAGGCGCGCGCUUUUGCCGCUUCCGCGAAUAUGGCGGCGCCGUAGUCAGGGCGCGAGAUCCUGGGGUACGGGGAGGCUGCAGUGCGCAGUCCGGGAGCGGUAAUGGCGACACCGGAUCAGAAGUCGCCCAAUGUUCUGCUGCAGAACCUGUGCUGCCGGAUCCUAGGCCGGAGCGAAGCCGAUGUUGCUCAGCAGUUCCAGUUUGCUGUGAGAGUCAUCGGAAGCAACUUUGCUCCAACUGUUGAAAGAGAUGAAUUUCUAGUAGCUGAAAAAAUCAAGAAAGAACUUAUUCGACAAAGGAGAGAAGCGGACGCCGCACUGUUUUCAGAGCUCCACCGAAAGCUUCAUUCGCAGGGAGUUUUGAAGAAUAAAUGGUCAAUCCUCUACCUCUUGCUGAACCUCAGUGAGGAUCCUCGGAAGCAAGCCAGCAAGGUAACUAGCUAUGCCUCCUUAUUUGCACAAGCCUUACCGAGAGACGCUCACUCGACGCCUUACUACUGUGCCAGGCCUCAGACCCUCCCCUUGAACUACCAGGACCGCAGCACACAGAGCUCUGGCAGCUUGGGCAGCAGCGGCAUCAGCAGUAUCGGCAUGUGUGGCCUUAGCGGCCCCACACCUGUGCAGCCUUUCCUCCCCGGACAGUCUCAUCAAGCUCCAGGAGUGGGUGACGGCCUUCGGCAGCAGCUGGGGCCUCGUCUAGCAUGGACUCUGACUGGAAAUCAGCCUUCACAGACCCCUACCUCCAAGGCUUUCCCAAAUGCUCUUUCUCGAAACCUGACAAGGUCAAGGAGAGAAGGGGAUCCAGGUGGCACAUCGGAAGUAACUGAAGCAGCUCUUGUGAGAGACAUUCUCUACGUAUUCCAGGGCAUUGACGGCAAAAACAUCAAAAUGAGCAGCACUGAAAACUGUUACAAAGUGGAAGCGAAGGCAAAUCUAAGUAAGUCCUUGCGGGACACGGCGGUCCGGCUUGCUGAAUUGGGGUGGCUACAUAAUAAAAUCAGGAAGUAUGCUGACCAGAGGAGUCUGGACCGCUCGUUUGGACUUGUAGGGCAGAGUUUUUGUGCUGCGUUGCACCAAGAGCUCAAAGAAUACUACAGGCUCCUCUCUGUUCUGCACUCCCAGCUCCAGCUAGAAGAUGAUCAGGGUGUGAAUGUGGGACUGGAGAGUAGCCUCACACUGCGGCGCCUCCUGGUUUGGACAUAUGAUCCCAAAAUAAGAUUAAAGACCCUUGCUGCGCUGGUAGAUCACUGCCAAGGACGGAAGGGGGGUGAGCUGGCCUCUGCUGUUCACGCCUACACAAAGACAGGGGACCCCUACAUGAAGUCCCUGGUGCAGCACAUUCUGAGCUUAGUGUCUCACCCUGUCCUGAGCUUCCUCUACCGAUGGAUAUACGACGGGGAGUUGGAGGACACUUACCAUGAAUUUUUUGUGGCGUCAGAUCCAACAGUUAAAACCGACCGUCUGUGGCAUGACAAGUACACCCUGAGGAAAUCAAUGAUCCCUUCCUUUAUUACGAUGGACCAGUCUAGGAAGGUCCUUUUGAUAGGAAAGUCAAUAAAUUUCUUGCACCAAGUUUGUCAUGAUCAGACACCUACUACAAAAAUGAUAGCUGUGACCAAGUCGGCAGAGUCACCUCGUGACGCUGCGGACUUAUUCACAGACUUAGAAAAUGCAUUUCAAGGGAAAAUUGAUGCUGCUUAUUUUGAGACCAGCAAAUACCUGUUGGAUGUCCUCAACAGAAAGUACAGUCUGCUGGAGCACAUGCAGGCCAUGCGCCGGUACCUGCUGCUUGGCCAAGGAGACUUCAUACGGCACCUAAUGGAUCUGCUAAAACCAGAACUUGUUCGGCCCGCAACAACUUUGUAUCAGCAUAACUUGACGGGGAUUCUUGAAACUGCUGUAAGAGCCACCAAUGCCCAGUUUGACAGCCCGGAGAUCCUUAAGAGACUAGAUGUGAGGCUGCUGGAAGUCUCUCCUGGUGACACUGGGUGGGAUGUCUUCAGCCUGGAUUACCACGUCGACGGACCAAUUGCCACUGUGUUCACACGAGAGUGCAUGAGCCACUACCUGAGAGUGUUUAAUUUCCUGUGGAGGGCCAAGCGCAUGGAGUACAUCCUCACUGACAUCCGGAAAGGACACAUGUGCAAUGCGAAACUCCUGAGGAACAUGCCAGAGUUCUCCGGGGUGCUUCACCAGUGCCACAUCCUGGCCUCGGAGAUGGUGCACUUCAUCCAUCAGAUGCAGUACUACAUCACCUUUGAGGUUCUCGAGUGCUCCUGGGAUGAGCUCUGGAACAGAGUGCAGCAAGCCCAGGACUUGGACCACAUUAUCGCGGCACACGAGGCGUUCCUGGACACCAUCACAUCCCGCUGUCUCCUGGACAGCAACUCCAGGGUGCUUUUAAACCAACUGAGAGCCGUGUUUGAUCAAAUCAUUGAACUUCAGAACGCCCAAGACACAAUGUACAGAGCUGCUCUGGAGGAGCUGCAGAGGCGGCUGCAAUUUGAAGAGAAGAAGAAACAGCGUGAAACUGAGGGCCAGUGGGGAGUGACUGCGGCAGAGGAAGAGGAAGAGAACAAGAGGAUCCGAGAAUUCCAGGACUCCAUACCAAAAAUGUGUUCCCAGUUGCGAAUACUGACGCACUUCUACCAGGUGAGUAAGUGUGAGGCGUGGUGUCGUCUCCUGGGACCAGUGCUUUCGUCCAGAGGUUUGGGGAUGUGCAGCACUAGGGAUGGAGUUCCUGGGGGGCGGUGCCCUAGUGCUGGGCUCUCCUCGGGGCAGCCGUGCACCUGGGAUGAGAGAGCCUCGAUGGGAGAUAGGCACUGGGGACCUGUGACGUAUGCUCAUCAGAGCACCGUUGCCUGGAUGGUGCAGGCAGUGUGUGGGCAGUGAGAGAUCGGAGCCAUGAGUACUUUACUAAAUCACGAUCUGUCAGAACUUAUGUCUUACAGGAAGGCUGCUUUUCACAGUGGUCUGGAGUCUGUUCCCCCACUAGAUGAUGACUGAGCACACAUUAGUCAGCCAGUGAGAUGAACGAGAUUAGCAGGGGAGCCCUGAGAUUUCUGUUCACCACAGAGAAGGGUGCUUAGCAUCCGUGACUGCUUAAUCCUGUAGCGUGGGAGUGCAGAGGAAGUCAGGUGGUCGGUGCGAGUGCAGAGGAAGUCAGGUGGUCGGUGUGAGUGCAGAGGAAGUCAGGUGGUCAGGUGGUCAGUGUGAGUGCAGAGGAAGUCAGGUGGUCGGCUUGAGUGCAGAGGAAGUCAGGUGGUCGGUGCGAGUGCAGAGGAAGUCAGGUGGUCGGCGUGAGUGCAGAGGAAGUCAGGUGGUCAGUGUGAGUGCAGAGGAAGUCAGGUGGUCAGUUACUUUGACACAGAAUGUGUGCACCGCUUACCUCUCUGUGCAGACGGCAUCUGAGGAGAGCAACACAGGCCUGUGAACCCUGGACUCCAUGCUCAUUCCUGCUGGAGGCCUGUUGGUACCAGUGUGUCUUGAGGGGCUAUGUGUGGGCGGGCAGUGUUCUGACUGACUUCCCUGUGCUUUCAUCCCAGGGUGUGGUACAGCAGUUUCUGGUGUUGCUCACAACCAGCUCUGAUGAAAGUCUCCAGUUUCUCAGCUUCAGAUUGGACUUCAAUGAACAUUACAAAGCCAGAGAACCCAGGCUGCGGGUUUCUCUGGGCAGUAGGGGGCGGCGCAGUUCCCACACGUGAGGCUGGCACGGGCUAGUAGAUGCUUACUCAAGCCGGGACCUUCAGGCUGGUGUGAGCUGCAGGAGCCUCCUGUCUGCACACAGGCCACAGUGUUCAGCACCAUGUCCGCUGAAGAAGUCUUGUUAUCCACUGGACUUGCGUGUCUGUAACACCACCGAGUUCAACAGGCCACUUACCUACCAUGUAGUCUUCGUAGUCGAAAGACGCUGUGAUAUGUCGGAACAUCUUACUUCCACCACGUAAUUUAUAUUUGUCAGUUAAAAACAACAACAACAACAAACUGUUUCUUACCACAAAAAACUAGGUCAGUGGUGUGUUCAUAAACUAAGGUAAUGUCACCGCUAUUCUUUCUCAUUCUGUAGAGACAGUUUUUGUUAUCAUGACACUAAAUGAAACAUGUCUCUGAGAAAUACACAGGCUGUUUACCUGGCUUCAGUGUUUAGAACACGAGCCUGCGUGAGGACAUCCACCCCAAGCGUCGCCCCCCACUGUUGUCACUUCCUCCCAGAGUUUACACUUUUAUAUUUACUUUACCCUUCAAAUCACAUUUCAAAGAGCGGGAGCCAUGUGGAGGGAGGUUUCCUCGGCUCGCCCAGCCACAGACCACCAGCUGAGCGGAUGUGAACCAAGCAGGCCGACUGUUUUAUUUUCAAAGUUCUGAUAAGUGUUAGGAAGAAGUCAGCUUGGAUAUUGAAGGUUUCCCUUCUCCUUGCCUAUUUUUUCAUUGUAAAUAUUUAUAUACUACUGACCAGAUGAUGGAGGGAACUUUUUUUUUUGUAAAAAUGUCUUAUCCAGUCAUAUAAUUAUGCCUUUUUUAUGUUGCAUAAGUGAUAACUUAGAGAAUUAAAAACCAUUAUCUUUCA